AUGAAAAAGAAGAAGAGAAGUUUUCACAAAUCACCCUUCUUCUUCACUAAGAUAAAGAGGAAGAAAACUUGUCUCGAGCAUGAACACGAAUUUUAUUUACCUGAUGAUUGUUGGGAGCAUGUUUUCAAAUUCCUUAUCAACCACAAGCUAGACUUUAAGUCUCUAUCCCUCGUUUCGAAACAGUUUCUCUCCAUCACCAACCGACUCACAUUCUCUAUUGCUACUCGCAAUCCAAAACCUUGUUUUCUCAAUCGCUUCUUCCGUAGAUUCCACAACCUUAAUUCCCUUUGCCUCGAGUUCCGCUUUCGUGCUCUCGACGCACGCGUUGCUUCCGUUCUGCGAGACAGACCUACAUUGAAAUCUUUAUCCGUUUCAAAAAUUAAGUUAAAGGAUACAAGUUAUGUGACUUCACAGUACAUUAAUUCCUUCGUUAGUUUGAAGGGUUUGAAUUGUCUUAAGUUCUGUGAUUCGCAAAUCUCAAAUGAUUUGCUCUACUCUAUUGCAAGGGAAGGUCUUCCUUUGAAGAGCUUUGUUCUCGAUAAUUGUAUCGGCUAUUACUAUGAUGGACUUUAUUUUUUAUUAUCCAAAUGUAAUGGGAUACAACAUUUGGGUCUUCGAGCUGAUUUCUUAAAGGACCCUCAUAUUGCCGAGCUAUCUUUGUUUCUUGGUGGUUUGACGUCUAUAAAUUUUAGGAAAUGUUGGAACCUCACAAACUCAGCCUUGUUUGCACUAGUUAGGAACUGUCGUUUACUUACUGAGGUCACACUGGAGAGCAUUAUAAGAAAGAGUGUAGAGAGUUCUGAUUCUUUGAAGAAUUUAUAUGUGAACCCUCGAUUAAAGUUUCUAAGUUUGACUCACAAUUUCUAUAUAGAAGAUGAAAGCAUCGUAUUGUUAGCUUCCAUUUUCCCCAAUUUAGAGCAUCUUGAUUUGAGUUAUUCUGAUCUCAUAUCUGAUAAAGGUAUUUGUCAAGUUCUAAGUAGAUGUCCUAAUAUUAGGCAUUUAAACUUUACUAAUGGUAAUAAAGUGAGAGGACUUAAAAUGAAUUUUAUAGUUUCUCAACUGGAGGUGUUGGACUUGUCAUCUACUGUUGUUGAUGAUGAAACACUCUAUUGGAUCUCAAAGAGUUGUCGUGGACUUUUGAAAUUAUUAUUGUCAUUUUGCCAUUAUAUCACUGAAAAGGGAGUGAUGCAUGUGGUUGAAAACUGCACACAAUUGAAGGAGGUCAAUUUGAGUUAUUGUAAAAAAGUGAAUGUUGAAGUUGUUGUCUCAAUUAUUUUAUCAAGACCGUCAUUAAAAAAGAGGAAACUCAUCAUCUACAAAAGUUUAAGUUUCUAA